ACGUUGGGUUAAGUGCAGAUGCAUGCUCUCAGAUAAUCUCUAUUUAAGCCAAUUCCUGACCAACCCAACGUACUCAUUACCUACACCAACUUCAAUCAACACGCAUUUAAGAUUUUUCUAAACUCCAAAAUGGGCUCUUCCUCCAUUGAAAAAAAUCUGGCGUCAGAAUAUUACGAUGCAGUCAUCGUCGGCUCCGGUUUCUCUGGGCUUUUCAUGCUCGACAAGUUGCGUUCCGAAGGACUGAAGGUUACCGUGUUCGAGACUGGGAGCGACAUUGGAGGCACUUGGCAUUGGAAUAGGUAUCCAGGAGCAAGGGUGGACACCGAGUUUUACGUUUACCAGUUCACCUCGCCAAACUUGUACGAGGACUUCGACUACACCGAGAGAUUUCCCAGCAGGGACGAAGUCCUCCGGUACUUCCGCCACUUGGAUGAAAAACUCGAUCUCAGCAAAGACAUCCAAUUCAAUACGACCGUCGAAUCCGCCAAAUUCCACCCCGACGAUAACAAAUGGCUCAUCAACUGCUCCAACACCCAAACUAACGCCAACUCCAAAGUUUCGGCAAAGUACUUCAUCCUCUGCACGGGUUCCGCUUGGAAACUCCACGUCCCCAAAAUCCCCGGCCUGGACAAGUUCAAGGGCACAGUUUACCACACUUCUCGCUGGGAAGGGGAACAAAAUGCCUCUCAAUUUGGCAGCAAGCAAAUCGCCGUCAUCGGCACGGGCGCCAGCGGAGUCCAAGUCGUCCAAGAAUUGGGUCACAAGUUGAACACGGACGGAAAGCUGGUCGUAUAUCAGCGAACUCCGAACCUUGCCCUUCCCAUGAAGCAAUGUUUGGUCCAGGGGAGCACAAAUCUGCCCAAAAAGUCGGAUUUUCCCGCCAUUUAUAAAGAAACCAGGAACAAUUAUGCGGGAAUUGAUUACGACUCGAUUCCAAGAAAUGCACUUGAUGAUAACCAAGAAGAGAGGAGAGCGCUUUAUGAGAAGCUCUGGUCCAAGGGGGGCUUUCCCUUUUGGGUGGGAAGCUAUCAAGACGUACUUUUCAAUAAGGACGCCAACGCGACGGCGUACCAAUUUUGGGCGGAGAAAACGCGAGAAAGGAUUCAGGAUGAGAGGAAGAAGGACAUUUUAGCCCCGCUUGUCCCCCCGCACGCUUUCGGGACGAAGAGACCCUCCCUGGAGCAGAAUUACUAUGAAGUCUUUAACAAGGACAACGUGGAUGUCGUCGAUAUCAGGAAGGAUCCAAUCCUUGAAAUUACGAAGAAUGGAAUAAGGACGGAGAAUGGAGGGGAGACGGAGUUUGAUGUAAUCGUUUUUGCGACGGGAUUUGACGGCAUUACCGGAGGAAUCCUCAACAUCCAGAUUGAAAACGGUUCUGGCCAAUCCAUCCAAUCCAAAUGGGGUCAAGGUACGUCCACCCAGCUGGGCAUAACUUGUUCCGGAUUUUCCAACAUGUUUUUCCUCUACGGACCCCAAGCCCCCACCGCUUUUUCGAACGCUCCCACCUGCUGCGAAGUGCAAGGCGAGUGGCUGACUCGCUUAAUUGGAAAAAUGGAAAAGGAAAACCUGAAACGUGUGGAUGCUUCUGUCGAGGCAGAAAAUGUUUGGGGCGAAAUUGUGAGGGGAAUUUGGAAUUCGACUCUAUUUCCGGAAACGGGCAGCUGGUACGACGGGGCCAACAUUCCGGGAAAACCACGCGAGCCCCUGAAUUAUGCUGGAGGAAUUCCAAGUUAUGCUAAAGCUUUGAAAGAAUGCGAGGAAAAUGAGUAUAAAGGAUUUAUUUUUCAAUAAAUUGAUUUCUUCUCGCGAUUUUGCUGUUUAUUACCAACAAACAAUAUAAAUAUUUAAUAUACAAUUAUUAUUUCCAGAAUAAUAAAGACAUUCAUAAAUAAGUUCAUAUAUAUUUUGAAAA